UUGGCUUAGCGGUUCGAGGGAGCAUGCGCACUAAGUGUAACUGACGCCGGACAGGGCCGGGCAGACAGGGCUGUGCUCUUAAAGGGACCGCGCGCGGAUUUGGAGGAAAAGGAGGUGGUGGUUGCUGUUGGUGCAAAAUGAGCGAGUCUCUUGUGGUUUGUGACGUUGCCGAAGACCUUGUGGAGAAGCUGAGAAAAUUCCGUUUCCGCAAAGAAACAAACAAUGCUGCCAUUAUCAUGAAGAUCGACAAAGACAAGCAGCUGGUGGUUCUGGAUGAAGAACAUGAGGGCAUUUCUCCAGAUGAACUCAAAGAUGAGCUUCCAGAGAGACAACCUCGAUUCAUUGUCUACAGCUACAAGUACCAGCAUGAUGACGGGAGAGUCUCUUAUCCACUCUGCUUCAUCUUCUCCAGCCCUGUUGGGUGUAAACCUGAGCAGCAGAUGAUGUAUGCUGGUAGCAAAAAUAAGCUUGUACAGACAGCAGAACUCACCAAGGUAUUUGAAAUCAGGAAUACAGAAGACCUCACCGAGGAAUGGCUCCGGGAGAAGUUGGGCUUCUUCCACUGAACAGCGCAUGAAACAUUCCGUCCUGGCGCAAACUGGAACCAGAUGCGACUCCUCCUUUUUUAGAGCUACAAAAAAGAAGGCACUGUACUUAAGGUGGUUUCCUGCAGUGUGUGUAUAUGUAUGUACAUAUAUAUAUUUUUGUGCGUGCAAAGUUUAUACAGACGAGGGGAGGAGCAGCGUCUCCUGCAUAACCAAACUUUGCCCAGGUUUUUUUUCUUCCCCCUUUCCUUCUUCGUAACUGUUUAAAAGGGAACAACUUCUCUUCUGCAGGGACAAUUUUCUCUUUCUUCUCUAUCUCUUUUUGGUUUUGUUUUGUUUUUAACUCACGUGACUAAUAUUUCUAUAUGGCUUGAUCCAGAACUUGUAACUGUUUACCAUUAUGGGGCACGGUCUCUAUAGGAUUCCUUCCUGCACAUGCCCUGUAGAGACAAAACGCAGCCUUCAGUAUUGCUCUGGUUUGUAUCUGUGUGUUUUUUGGGGGUGCAGGGCUUAGGGAAACAUCCCUGGUCGGGUUUACUCACCCAUAAGCGGCAAUUGCAUCCCCCUUUUUUUUUUUGACAGAGACUGGAUACUAAUUCCUUGUAUGCGAAAACAGUACUGUAUUUAAUGGCGUAAUCAGUGCUUGGGAGGGAACACAUCUCUUGCAAUUCCCAGAAUCCCCUAGCUAGCAUGGCCGUGCUGGCUGGGGGAUUCUGGGUGUUGUAUUUUUAAAGGACCUUUCCCAAGCUCUCUUGGUUUAUUCUUAAGCACCAAAAGGUCCAAACUGCCUCAUAUGCAAUCCUUCUCAAAUAUGGAUAUUAAUCAUUUAUUCUGGAAGGCCCCAGUUUGUCCAUCUUUCUGAGACCUGACAAUUUCCUUUUUGCUAAAAAUUCCAGUGAGGAUUUUGGUUGAUCACGUAGCAACAUGAUUCUCACUUUGGGUCAGAAGUUUGACCCACCUAUUUUUGUGUGUGUGCGUUUCUAGACGAUAGCAUUUGUAUUAGUCUAACAGAGAGUAGAUAUAAGCAGCAACAACAACAACCUUUUAAGGGCUCGAUAACGCUCGGGUGGACAUCUAUUCCAGAAGUCUUUCUACUUAAAUUUCCUGUACUCUUGACUUCUCUUGUCUUUUUUAUACAAGUACUUCUCAGUCUUUGUGCCUUUUAAAAAAAAGUCUCUCAAUUGAUUGUAAGAAAAGUGUACACUGCCAGUUUUUUUAAAACACUAAAUUUGAUUCAGGCCGAUUUUAUCUACAAAUGAACAAGAGCCCCACGGUGUCUGAUCUCUCUCUUUUCCUGUUAAUUUCAUUUGGAGUAACACAUGCCAUGGCAUGUAUUGCCAUGCAUAAAAGCAAGAUUAUUUGGGCAUGGCAAAAACUCUGACCAAAAAAAUGUCCUUUUACUUUUCCUAUCCUCCACUUGUUCCUUAUUUUUUUCCUCCUUAAAUGUUUGUCAGGGUCCACAGUUGUUACCCAAGAUUUGUAAGGACAUCUGUGUUCAAGAUUGCAGAAUUUAGCUUCCUAACUUUCUUGACUUUUUUGUUUGUUCUCUGAAGCUUUUCCCUACCCUCGAGGGCUCCUGAGCUCUUGGAAGCCAGAUGUAUUUCUAUGGUUAAAGAGGAUGAGGGAGAGCCAGGUGUCAGUUCUCUGCCUACAUCUUUGCCUUUCUUCUUGACUGCAAUACAGCUCCUGUAUUUGCGGGAUCAGUAUCUGCAUCUGAAAAAAUAUGGUCUCUCUAAGCAUCUGGAGGUCCUCCAGCAUGACUCUAUGGGCAACCUCUGGCAGAAAUUGACCAGAGAAUCACAUUGGAGGACCCUCAGAUGUCUAAAGAAAACACAUCUCUGGGCAUCUGGGGGCCCUCCAGCAUGACUCUACUAUCAAUUUCCGCUGGAAAUACAGGGUUUGCUAUUAUCCAUGAUUUUUACUCUCCACAGAAAGUCUGGGAAUGUAUCCUCUGUGGAUAUAGGUGUCAUACUGUAUUAACAUUCAGAAUAAAUUCUGCGGACCA